AGAGCCUGCUCGCUCACCCAUCUUUCCCCUGCUGUUUAGGGCCUCCGUCUUGCGACAUGUGCCCCCGCUGGCUGUGAUCGCCUCCUUUAAAAUAUCAUAUUUCUAUCCACUUUAACUCUCACAAUUAAUAAUCUCACGAUCUGUUAUGGCUUCACGAUUCCCACGCUCUAACCUACACCAGCGCGAUCCUCGUGCCUCCUCGUCCCUUUUCGAUUCAUACGGUGGCGGUUCUCGACCCGCCAGUAAAUCCCCGGGUAGCGUAGGUGGUUACGGGUAUGGAGGAUACACGCCCCCGGCCGGGGAUGGCUCCGUGAAUGGCAACUCCAGGGGAGGGUUUCGUUCUGCGACCCCAAACGCCAAGGGUCAUUACUCUGAUGCUGUACUAUCCCACCUAGAGUCUCAGAAUGAUGCAGAGGUCGAGGGAAUCAGCGCCAAGGUCAAGAUGUUGAAAGAUCUCACGGUUGCUAUUGGCGACGAGAUUCGGGAUACCUCCACCAUAUCGGACCUCAAUAACACCUUCGAGAACACUCGUGUUCGUCUCCGCGGAAACAUGAACCGUAUGCUGCGGAUGGCAGAGCGCACCGGCGUUAGCUGGAAACCAGGCAUGAUAUCUCGGGAGCUCUAUUGGCCCACAGAGGGCCAUGACCUUGAGCUAUUUAUCCAUAUACAGGGACACAAUUGCGUCAAUCCCUUCACCUUCAUCCGCCCAGCUCCUUGCCCAGAGAACCCAUGGCUUGAGGCCAAGGACGUUUCUUCGACAUCGACAUAA